AUGGGGCCAGUGAGGGUCUGCGAGAGUGCGGUCAUCUGGGCAGCAGGGACCAGCAAGGCAGGCGAGCCCCUGUCCUGGCCCAGCACUCCUCCCGGGGGAGCUGGCUACCAGAGGCCCAGCCUGGCCGCCUGCACGGGAACCAGGCUGCUGACCUACAUCCUCAGGGAGGAAACUCAGCACGGUGUCCCCUCCUUCUCGGCCCGGCGGGCCCCAGGGAGCCUGCGCCAGGCCACGGCCGUGCUGGCUGCUGCAGGAGACUCAGCGAUGGGCCGCCAUGGAGCUUGUCCUCCAGGAUGCCUGUUGGAUGAAAACACCUUCGCUGAGAACUACAUGAAUCAGAUAAGCACUCGUAAGACCUACCUGUGCUACAAGGUGGAGAUCCUGGGUGGUGAUGCUAGGGUCCCUCCGGACGAGAGCAAGGGCUUCGUGCAGAACAAGGGCGCUAACGAACCAGGGUGGCCCCGCCAUGCAGAGCUGUACUUCCUGGACCGGAUCCGUUCCUGGAAUCUGGACCCGGGGCUGCGUUACAGGCUCACCUGUUUCAUCUCCUGGACCCCUUGUCAUACCUGUGCCCAGGAACUGGCUACUUUCCUGGGGGAGAACAGCCACUUGAGCCUGCACAUCUUUGCCUCCCGCAUCUACAGCCUCCCCGGUUAUGAGGCUGGGCUGCGCACACUGCAGGCGGCUGGGGCCCAAAUCGCCAUCAUGACCUCUCAGGAGUUUGAGCACUGCUGGAAAAACUUUGUGGACCACCAGGGAAGAACCUUUGAGCCCUGGGAUGAGCUGGAAGUAGUGAGUCAACAUCUGUGUAAGAAGCUGCAGGAGAUUCUCCAGGCACUGUGCGUUCUGCAGGAAGGCGCUCAUGGCCGGCUGGCAGACAACGAGGCGGCCUUCUCAGGGGCUGCGAAGCUGAGGCUGUCGAGGGGUGGACUUGAACCUGGGGCCUGGCAGGGGGCCAACUGGCGAGGAAGCCCCAGGCUAUGGUACCUCAGCCUGGCAGGUCCGGCUGGCCCUGGCACAGCAGCCUCAGCUCUGCCCGUGGCCCCGGGGGCUGCCAGCCACUACCGUUGA